GGAAGCGACCAAUCACACGUCGCCAACUGUGUGUAGAAUCAUCACUGCGGCCGCUGCUGCCUCGCCUCUCCUGGCUCCUCUCACUGCUCCUGGCUGCCUCGUCCUCUCCACACACACCUCACCCGUCGCCAGCAGCCUCGCCACACACCACACAUACUCCUAAGACCUCACGAUGAAUUGGCACGUGGGGACAGCAUUAUUACUGGCAUGCAUUUCUGUUGCUGCAGCACUUAAAUUGGAUGAAUGUGAAGUGUGUAUAACCUUCUUGGGCAAGUUCAGUGAUACUCUCUCUAAGGAGGAAAGGUCAAGUCCCAAAAUUAUUGAAGAUAAAUUCAGAGUAACUUGUAAAGAAGCGAAGGGUAAAGAAAAUCGCUUCUGUUACUAUAUUGGUGGAUUGGAAGAAUCUGCUACCGGUAUCUUGGGAGAAAUGUCCAAACCACUGUCUUGGGGAAUGCCAAUGGAGAAGGUUUGCGAGAAGCUCAAGAAGAUGGAUGCUCAGAUUUGUGACCUCAGAUAUGAAAAGCAGAUUGAUCUGAAGAAUGUAGACUUGAAGAAGCUGAAGGUGCGAGACCUCAAGAAGAUACUUAACGACUGGGACGAGUCUUGUGAUGACUGCUUGGAGAAGGGAGAUUACAUUAAAAGAAUUGAAACUCUAAAACCUAAAUACAUGAGAGGUGAACUGUAAUGUGGAUGAAACUAGGAUGAAGAGGCUAGUGCCUACUAUUUAUUUUUGUGAAAAGGCAUUUAGGUUAAGAACUAACGGAGACAGUGUACUGGAAAAUCUGAAGCCACGAAUAACUGUGUUAAUGAUUUCAAUUAUUUUGAAGUAUUAUGGCAGUGCAUGAUAGACUGUAAAUUACUUGCAGCAAAUUAAAUGUCAAGAUUUAAUUAUGGUAAUUUAUUCCACUAAUGAAUUACUUGCAGUGUAUCAUACUUAAGGUAGGUGACAAUAUUUUAUUGAAUAAUUAACAUUUCUUUUGUUAAUGUUCAUGAAAUUGCCUAGAAACUAGUAUGUCUACAAUCUGUUAUUGUAAUGGCAAUUUGACCAGUUCUUGGUAUAAGGCUGCUAACAUGGUUAUUUUUGUUUAUAUUGCCUUCAGUUUCUUCCACGUAAAGUGAAAGUUGCUUGCAUGUGACGGAAGAUUUCUUGAAUUUUCUCAUUCACUGUAGCACAAAUAAGUAAAUAGCAUGGAAAAAUAAUUUUGUGGAUUUUAUAAACGUUGUUAAUAAAUCCUUUUUGUAA